AUGUCUAUGCAUCAACAAAACGACACCACUCUCGACCUGACUCUCGAUUCCUCCUACUCAGCAGGACAGCAGUUGACCCCUCAAGUCGAUAAAGCAGUCUCAGUUCUAGGUCUCGUGGACAAGGAGAGAAAAUUAUUCAAGAAUCAAUCCAAGGAUUACAAGCGAAGGAUCCAAGAGUUGGAGUCACAGUUGGUUGAGAGUGAACGAGAGGCACGGGAUACGCAGGCAAAGCUGAAGAAGAAAAUCGCAGAGAUCACCGAGAGUCGUGAUGCAGUACGAGAGCAAUUGGCCUCAAUAUUACUGACUCAGGAAUCCUUGGAACGAGACAAGACUGAGCUGAGAACAACACUGAUGAAGCUGCAGUCCACUACGACAUCAUUGUGGAGGAAUAUUCCAGAUCUUCUUGCUAGAACUGGAAAGGCUGCUGAAGAAGUGGAUGAGGAGAGUGAGAUGGAAUCUAGCAUAAAGGUGGAGGAUUCGUCCAUGGACAUCCCAACUCCAAAGAAGAAUCAACAGCCUGUAUUGAAUGAAUCACUUGAUUCUUCAAUGAUGUACUUCAGUCCAGACGGUAGAUAAACAUGAGAUAGUGGGCUCAACAUGAGUUACUCGACAAGAUACUUUAUCUUUUUUUCACGCAUUCUUUCUUUACUGCAUUUCUUCGUUGUAUGAAUGAAUAAAUAGUUACUGAGAGUUGA